CGCGCCGAAUAUAUCUUUCAAAGCGACAAAUUCUAUGACGCGUCCUAUGAUUCCGGCGAUAAGUCCAUACAAUGCGGCCGAAAGUCCGAUACACUUAAGCUAUGGCUUCAACUUAAGGCUUACGGCAGAUCCGGUAUGGAAGCGGUCGUCAAUAAUGUCUACGAUAUGGCUAAAUAUAUAACUGAAAAACUGAAACAAAGGCCAGGCUUUAAGUUAGUGUUGGAUGAGUUUGAAAGUAAUCUCAUCUCGUUUUGGUUUAUUCCACCAAAAAUGCGAACGAAUGGCGAGUCUUUGGCGCCGGGAGUGCUGUCCAAAGUGGCGCCACUUAUUAAAAAGCAAAUGAUGGCCAACGGCUCACUUAUGAUCGGCUAUCAGCCCCUCUCCACCAAACAGUUGCCCAAUUUCUUUAGAUUAAGUCUAACCUGUUUUCCUGAGCCCAACCAUAAGGACAUGGAUUACAUCAUUGAUGAGAUCGAAAGACUGGGCAAUGAUAUCGAGUUAUAA